GCAGAAGAAGAAGCUCAUUUCUGGUGUAGCAGUUUGACAUUAGCUGAAAUGGGAAGCUAACAGCAGUCGAUAAGUUUUCUGCUUGCACUUUAUUAAAGUCAAGCCACGUAUAUGUGUUAAGUCAUGGAAAAUCAAGUCAAAUAGCAGGUCGCGGAUUUUGAUCGACAACACAGGUUGCAGCACUGCGUUGACCUCUGUCUGGGCCUGCUGUUGUUUUUAGCGGGGCUGCAGCAGGUGGAAGCAGCAGCAGCCGCCGCCGCAGAGAUGAUCAACUUGAACUGGAAGCCGUUCAUCUACGGAGGGAUGGCCUCGAUUGUCGCAGAAUUCGGGACAUUUCCCAUUGACCUGACUAAAACCCGGCUACAAGUCCAGGGUCAGUCCCAGUACACGGAAGUCCGCUACAGAGGCAUGUUCCACGCCCUCCUCCGGAUCGGCAAGGAGGAGGGCGUCCGGGCUCUCUACUCUGGGAUUUCUCCUGCUCUGUUAAGACAAGCUUCUUAUGGGACAAUCAAGAUAGGAACCUACAACUCACUGAAGAGGCUGUUUGUCACUCAUCCAGAAGACGAGACCAUGGUCAUCAACGUCUUCUGUGGUGUUGUGUCUGGAGUUCUGUCCUCCUCUCUGGCCAACCCCACUGACGUCCUCAAGAUCAGAAUGCAGGCGCAGGGCAGUCUGCUCCAAGGCAGCAUGAUGUCCAACUUCAUCAACAUCUACCAGACAGAGGGCACCCGAGGGCUGUGGAGAGGUGUCAUCCCCACAGCGCAGCGAGCAGCCAUUGUCGUCGGGGUGGAACUUCCUGUCUAUGACAUAACGAAGAAGCACCUCCUUCGCUCUGGCAUCAUGGGAGACACCAUUUUGACACAUUUCAUCUCAAGUUUCACGUGUGGCUUGGCGGGAGCGCUGGCCUCCAACCCUGUAGACGUGGUCCGGACCCGUAUGAUGAACCAGCGAGUUUCGUCGGGAAGCCCCAUGUACAAAGGAACACUGGACGGAGUGAUGCAGACGUGGAAGAAUGAGGGCUUCUUCGCUCUCUAUAAGGGAUUCUGGCCUAAUUGGCUGCGACUUGGGCCUUGGAACAUCAUUUUCUUCAUCACCUUCGAGCAGCUGAAGAAGCUCCCGUUUUAACGCGAGGAGGAAGUGGGACUUCACUGGUCUGUCAGACUGUGUCAGGCAUAAGUGGGGGUGUGAGCACGGCAGCACCUGGAGUUUUUCACCAGUACAUUCACACUCCCUUCAAAUUCAUACCAAUGAUCCAAAAUGGUAUCAGUCAUCUGCUCAUGCUCAUCCAAAUCUUGAUUUCUCUUUUGUUUUUGCAAAGUGUUUUAUUUAUUGUCACAGGUUCUGUUUUCGUACUGUUUUAAGGGCUGUUGCUUUGAUGAUUACUCUCACCCUCAACCACCUUUGACACUCCCCAGGCAGCUAAAUGUAAGAAAGACGGAGAAGGAGUUAACCACUGUGGACUCUCGUGAACUUUGGCUUUUCUUAAAAGCCAAACAGAGAUGACACUUGUGAUUGUUUGCUCAGGGUUCCUACACAGAUGUGGAAAAACAUGGGAAAUGAAUUUAUAAAUCAGCUAGGAAUCGCACAAUGCCAGUUCAGACAUGCAUGGCUACACAGUUUGUGUAGAGUUUUGAAAAAGGAGAAAACUAUAUGAAAUUUUAAAAUGAAUGAUGCGUCUGAACCCUGUAAUUUAAAUGCGUUGGCUUUGCAUGAAAUGCGCUCAGAAAAUAAGUCAGAUUUAACUGGUGACUGUUGAGGAAUUGCAUGGAAGAUAAACUGACUGUUACAGGUAGUUACUGUACCGAGAGAGAAGAGAAUUAAGACAGAAUUCACACUGACAGAAAGGAGGAAAUAUUUCUCAACGGCACUCCAGAUGUGUUCAUCUUUGUACAGGAAAAUGACAUUCAGCGAUAUGUUAUGAUCUUUGGUAUUUAGGUGUCAAAAAAAGGUUUUGCAAAGCCUCUGAAAUGUCAGUGUAGUUUUAAAAUUUUAGUUGCCAGAAAAACAUUAAACACAUGAACUUCUUUCUGAAUUUAAAAAAAGUUAUUUUUAUUUUAGUUAUAUUUAUUGUUUGUUAGGACAAAAAAUUUGACCCCAAACUCUGAACAUAUGUGAUCUUAAGAGAGCCACUGACGUUUUACUAGAAACAAUCAGAAAUCUGAACCAAAGCCUCUAAUGACACUCACAACCAUUAUUAUUAUUAUUAAUUAUUUUUAUUUUUAAAGACAUUUUCAAUCCAGAUCUGUUAUUCCUAAUGAAGGUGUUUUUUUUUAUUUGCUGUAGAGACAUUUCAGACUCCAGUCUGCUGCGGUAUUAGGAGCUAAUGGGCUGUGAGCUGUGCUUGCUCCCAUAAUUAUAUUGUUAACCCGCAAGACAGCGAUCCAGUACAUAAUCGUUGUACGGACUCAGUCGCACAUGGGGGAGACUGUAUUUUAUGUUACGCACGCCCGGGUGUGCAUAUGAUGCCUUGUUGCGCUAUUUUUACUGUUGUGUCCCUCAUUUCAGGUCAAGUCAGAGCAUGAAUAGAAAAGUGGCAGCUGGUGUGGAUAGAAAGUGGAAAAGAGGACCUUUGUGCCAAAGUUAGUUUCUACCAAACUAGGUAAAGUUUAUUUGCAGAUAAUUCUGAAAGAGGUUUCGUUUGCAGCUACUCUCUGUAAAAUUUGGUUUACAGGAGAAACUGCUGGAAAAUAUCUGACAGUCAGUGUAGUAUGUUGUUUGGAACUGAUAAAAUAUUUGAGUUUUGUGGAUCAUGUUGUCUAAACUCUGCCCAUGUAAAACAGACCAAAUGCAUUUUUUGUUAAAAAUAACUUGUAUUUUUAAUUCUUUAUGGGGAUCCAUAAACGAUAUCUUAACAGUAACUAAAACACAUGCUACGAAUUGUUUGACUUGCACAGUGCAGGAGUGCGGCUUCCACGCCAGGUGACCUCACUCUUUCAUCCACCUGCAUCACCAAACCUUUUUUUUUUUUUUUUAUGUCAUAUGUUAUAUUUUCAAAAUAUUUUUAGUAGUUUCUGUUUGUUUCAAAAUUUUAAGGUAUUUAUUUUCUCAACUUUUGGUCAUUCUGAUCAGUGUCUUUUUAUUUUUUUGGACGUGGUGGUCAGUCAGACGUUUCCCAUCCUGGCAGCAAUUUUCUGUGGCUUUAGUCAUCGGAUGGAUGUCUUCUGUCUUCUGUUGUAACGGCACAAACUUCCUGGAUUCUGUAACUGAUGCACAUUGAAAAUAUUUUGUAAUUUAUAGCUUCAACAGCACUGCACUUCUACAUGUAGACUGCUGAAGGCAUCGUUGCUGUUCAGUUGUUUCUGUUCCCUGGUCUGUACUGUAGUUGGCUUGUUAUAUUUGAGAAUAUAUUUUGGUCAUAUUUCAUCCAUACUAAUGUUCAGUCCUUAAGAUACUUGCUGAAUCACCCCUUAGUCUGCUUUCAUCUGUGUACAGUAGGGUUACUUUUGGAUUUUGUGAGUACAAACACACACGUUGUCCGUUUGCCCUGAAAUGCAUCAGCGGUCAUCGCAGCUGCUAAAUCUCACAAAGUACCUUUUUUUUAAAAAUUUUUUUUAAUAUAUAAAUGGAUCCUGACUGCAGAAUCCAGUGUGUCCCAAUCUAAACCCAAUCUCCAGUAUCAAAUUUGAAAAAGUCAACAAUAGUGAGUAAAACAUGUAUUUGUAAGUAGUUUAUUCACUUCUCACACUUGAAUUAGAGUUUGUUGGGACACAACUCAAACUUUUGUGCUGAAGAGUGGAGCUAGUUUGAGAGGCCACAAGGUUUUGAGUGUGUGUUGAGUCCUGGGAACAUUAUGUUGGAAAAUGUGUGUCAGGCGUUGCUGUAAAGAUAUUUAAAUUUUAGUCCUGGAGUCGUGGGAGAGUUGCACUGUUACAGCCUCGCGCUUUACGUUGAUCACCUGUAAAUAAUGUUAUUCUGUCAUAAUGUUGCUCCUCUGCUUAUACUGAUACCUCAUUACCAUAUUGAGUGUGUGGAUUUUGCAUUUUCUUUUAGUUACUGUCUACAGAUUGUGCUUACAGUCCUCAAUAUUGAAGUUAAAAUUUUAAAACUAGUUUCAAUACAUUUCAGCGCAUUUGUGAGGAGAUGUUUCCUCAGCAGUCAUGCUUUCCUGAGCCAUUUAAACCGUCUGUUAACAGUUAUGCAAAGUAUCGCUAUAUCAACACUGCGACCUUCGAUUCAUCCAUUAAACAUUUACCUUCUUGUAAACUGUGCAGAGGGAUUCUGAUCAGGUUUAUUUGAAGUUUCAUCAGCUUGAUAAGUAACCAUAAAGUGUCAGUAAAGAGUGACAAGGGAGUGAACAUCAGCUCAUAGAUAUUCAGUGUGUGAGUGCAGAGUUCAUCUGAGUACAGGGGUUAGUCGUAGGAAUAGUGUCAGAUGGAGAUGCGGCUAAUGGUCGAGUUAGUGUGUGUUUCCAGAGUCAUACUCAUAUGUUUUUGGGUUUCAUCCACACCGAGGUGAUAAAACGGUGCUUUAACCUGCUGAGAUCAGUCCGGCCACGUUGGAGAAAACAGUCGGGCUUGUUACCAGAUGAUGGAAACAAUCCACCAAACAACCAAAAAGAGAAGGAAGAAAGAGGCUUUACUGUUUUUGUAAUUCUGAAAUGAUUAGUCGAUUAGUUGAUCCACCCAAGAUUAACCACCAACAAUUAAAUGUGUCUAGCAAAAAUGCUAAAUUUGAGUUUUUGACUGUCAGACAAAACAAGCAAUUUGAGGAUGUCGUCUUUGGGUUCUGGGAAAUUCUGGUGGGCAUUUUUCUGUUUUCUUUGCCUUUUUAUAGAUUAAACAAUUAAUUGAUGGAAACAAAAGCCUGUUUGACAUGUUGUUAACUGCAUUUUCAGAUUUAUUCAUAUUAGUGUGGACAUUAUUGACUGAUUUUUGUUUUUGUUCUCCAUGUUCAUAAAUCCCGUUCUUUUAAAGAGUGUGUCGUUCUCAGCUGAUCACUCCAGUGUCGCGUCAGUUUAGGGUGUGUUCACUUUCUGUUUAGUGUUACAUGAACUGUCCAGCCUUUAAAACAUCCUGUACUUCUGUGAUUGUCUUAUAAAAGUUUUUGUUUUGACAAAAUGAUUUUAGAACCAUAUUUGGGCAUUUUAUGUUUUAAGCUUUUUCAGAGUUGUGUCUAUUUUCUAAUUAUUUUAAAGACUUUUUAUGUUCAUCUGUUUUGACCUUUAGAAUGAGCCAUCUAUUUAUUUGACUCUGCGUUCAGUGAGCCUGGAUACAGUUCAGAGGAUGCUGCUGUCCCAACAUUUUUGUGUUUUAAUUUGAACUGUUACUAUGGUAACGGAUGAUCUGCUGUCAAGAAAUAGUCCCAUCACAUAACUCCCUCGAAAACCACAAAUUGACGGUACCAGAAAGUGGCUCGGCGGAAUUAUUCUGCUGUAUUAAAAAUAUUUGGUCAGUGGUGCAAAUUUAUGGGUCAAAGUUCACUGAAGUUGAACUUGACCAGAAGGAUGGAUUUCGCAGCUGCAAACAAAUCCACUAAUAGAUUUGUAAGAACAUAACUCACUAUUAAUAUUUCAUUUAAGAAGGAACCUCUCAUGUGGCUGAAUUUUAGCAGAAAGUUUAACUGAUUUAUGUCUCCACGCCUCUCAUUAUCACGUUCAACAAGUUCGGCAGCUAAUAAACAACACUAGCUUUGAGCUAGUUCAUUCUUGACCUUGGGAACAGUAGUUUGCCAGUAUAAUCUUAACUCAAGGCCCACUUGUUUUUUCUAGACCAACCGCAUCUCACAGUCUUCAUCAGCGGAGGGAGUUUGCUCAGUUAUACAAAACUUGGGCCACGUGUUCAAAGAUCGUCUUUGCCGUCGUAUGUAGAAGUCCUCCUUGGUCUUUCUCUAGCUGUCCUCUGGUCCAUGACCUCUGACCUCUUCCCAGUCGAUGCUGUGACCGGUUUUUCCACAGACAGCUGGUGUUGUCUGUCUGUUGUGUUCUUUCGGUCUCUUGUCCAGGGUCCUUGGUCUUUCUCUGAUGUGGUGUUGUAGUGUUCCUCUGAGGGAGGGUGCUGUCUUCAGGGUGUACCAGGAGAGAUCCCAGGGUUUUGAAUGGUUUAUGGUAAGUGCUUACUCUGUGUCACUUGAGGCCUGCGGGCGGCUAGAUGUUCUGCCACGUGAGGGAGUCCCACUGUCUUCCCUGUCCCGUCCUGGUCUUAGGUCGGGGCAGGAUUAUCCAUUCGUUGUAUUGUACUCUGCUGUCUCACAGACUUCAUCAGCAGAUGGGGGGUUUGCUCAUUUGAAAGCUCCAGAAAAGGCUAUAAAGUGGACCUUGAGUCAAGAUUAUUUUGGCAAAGUAGCAGCUUUGCUUUAGCUUUGACACAGUUGAUUCUUGAACUCUGGCAGGCCUUGUGUUAUCCUCACGCUCCGCAGAAACGCUCUGGGGCCCAAAUCAUAGGACGCACUUGAUAUGAAAGCUUGUUUUAAUAAAAACAUGUUUUUGUGUUAAGAGGAGCACACGUGGAAUUUUUUGUGCUUUUGUUUUGCUCAUGAUUGCGUAGUGCUUGUAACUGAUGGAAAGAAAGAAGUCCCUCCACAAGAACACCUCUUUUUCUCUCCCCAGGGUGUGCCAUGUGAUGACUUUUUUUAUUUUUUUAAAGGUUUCAUCUUGAAACUUUUUAAAUCAGUAAACUUCUCAUUAUAUUGUGGAUUCUCUUGAUUUUAUUUCGCUUUUCUAUUUUGUUUUACCUCAAAAUUGAAACACCCAGUCUCCCUUCAGACAUGUGAUCUCUUUCCUUGCAAUCUGUCUCUCUGCCUGUGACUGAAUCAAGUUUGUUUUUACUUAGUUUUUUCCCUAGCUACAGCACUGAAUUGUAGCGGGAGCGAUAAGCACUGUCACACUUAUCAAAUUAAGAAGGUUCAUUUAGUAUUAGACAUAGGCCAGUCAGCAUCAUUCCUCCUGAUCUUAGCCCUUAUCUCUGGACAUUUAGUUUAUUGGUUUGAUUGUUCAGUGAUAAGUGGUGUCCUCUAACAAACAGAGAGUUAUUCCCACUUCUAUCAAGAGGCUUCAGUUCAGAGGCAUCAGUCAAAAUGUUACAUCAUUCUGAUUUUAAAAUACUUUUGAGUGUGGAAACCUGUGUGGCCGUCUGACAGGAGAAGAAAAUCUAUACAUAUUUUUGUAAAUUUUCUCUCUCAUCAUUUGCACUUUGGUGUAUCGUUGCUAUCUAUAACCUUUAUGCUUGAUCACUUGAUGAGUUUCUAUGGUGGAAGUUGAAGAAUUGUCUUUUCACUUUGACAGAAUGGGUUUGGCUUUAUAUAAAUUCAAUGUUCACUCAAAUAAAAUAUAUACUGUGA